CGCCUUGGUGCCCUGCCAGGGCCCAGCGAUUGCGGCCGCCUCCGAGCCUCGGGCGGCAGCGAUCCCCGGGGCGGCGGCGCGGGGCGGCAGCUGCCGCAGCGCUGCGCUGGCGGGCCAUGUCGAAGUUGCGCGGGGAGGCCUUCUGGCGGGAGACGCUGCGGAGCGCACACUACGUGGUGGCGCCCAUGGUGGACCAGAGCGAGCUGGCCUGGAGGCUGCUGAGCCGUCGCCACGGCGCCCAGCUCUGCUACACGCCGAUGCUGCACGCCCAGGUUUUCCUCAGAGACGCCAACUACCGCCGCGAGAACCUCUACGGCGAGGCCUGUCCCGAGGACCGCCCGCUCAUCGUGCAGUUCUGUGCCAAUGACCCUGAAGUGUUUGUCCAAGCAGCACUGUUGGCUCAGGAUUAUUGUGAUGCCAUAGACCUAAAUUUGGGUUGUCCCCAGAUGAUUGCAAAGAGAGGUCAUUAUGGAGCGUUUCUGCAAGAAGAGUGGGAUCUUCUUCAGAGAAUGAUUUUAAUGGCUAACGAGAAGCUCUCUGUUCCCAUCACAUGCAAAAUCCGCGUUUUCCCAGAAAUUGACAAGACAGUGAAGUAUGCACAGAUGCUGGAGAAAGCUGGCUGCCAGCUGCUGACAGUGCACGGCCGUACUAAAGAACAAAAAGGACCACUUGCUGGAGUGGCAUCUUGGGAGCACAUUCAAGCGGUCAGAAAAGCUGUAAACAUUCCUGUAUUUGCAAAUGGAAACAUCCAGUGUCUCAGUGAUGUGGAAGAAUGUAUCCGUAAGACUGGAGUGCAUGGUGUCAUGAGUGCAGAAGGUAAUCUUCAUAACCCAGCUUUGUUUGAGGGCCGAAACCCAUUGGUGUGGGAGAUGGCUGAGGAGUAUCUGGAGAUAGUGCAGAAGUACCCUUGUCCUUUGUCUUACGUUAGAGCUCAUCUCUUCAAGCUCUGGCAUCACACGCUUCAAGUAUACCAGCAGCUGCGUGAAGAAUUAGCAAAAGUGAAGACUCUAGAGGGCAUUGUAGAUGUCAACAGGGAGCUGAAACUACGAUGCCAGGAAGAAAUAGCUAAUCAGAAAGAAGGAGAAAAGCCAAAAGAAGGAUUGCCUUUUUUCCACUGGAUCUGUCAGCCAUACAUCAGGCCGGGGCCAAAAGAAAGAUGCAAGGAGAAUGGAGCCAGUGGGAAUGAAAAAGGUGUGCUAGGGAAACGUUCUCUGGAAGAGGAGGAAGAUGGAAAUUCUGAGCUUUUGUCAAAGAAUAAGCAAAAAAAGAAGUUAAGAAAUCCAAAUAAAAGCUUUGAUCCGUCUUUAAAACCCAAAUAUGCCAAAUGUGAUCAAUGUGGAAACCCCAAGGGCAAUAAAUGUGUUUUUAACAUGUGCCGAGGAUGCUGUAAGAAAAGAGCAUUCAAGGAGACAGCUGACUGUCCAGGUCAUGGACUACUUUUUAAGACCAAAUACGAAAAAUCUCUUUCAUGGCAGAGUAGUCAAAGAAUAAUUCAAACCCCAGAGAUGAGUCAGAGAGAUGUAGAUGUGGGGGAGACUGCUGUACUGAAGGAGGCUGCUGACGGUGCAGUGUGCAGCUUUGGAAAUGAAUAAAGUGUUCCUGCCAGGCCUCUUCCUCCCUGGGCCAAAGAACAUCUCCAGCUCACCAUCAGCUGUGUGAACUUGUUCCACAGAUUUAUUUUAACUUUUGAAAAUGUUUUAUUUAAGUAAAAAGCUGCUUACUCAGGGAAUUAUCCUGCAUUUAAAAUAAAAUGAAUGCAAUUAAA